AUGUGGUGGUGGCAGGUAAUCCUACUGCUUCCGCUCCUGGCCUCGGCCAAGAUCUUUGAUCGUUGUGAGCUGGCCCAUUCCCUGCAGCAUCGUUUUGGACUUCCUGCUGCCCAGGUGGCCACUUUGGUGUGCAUUGCCCAGCAUUCGAGUGAUCUGAAUACGGCUGCCUUUGGCGGUGGCACAGGACUGGGAGGAGGAUCACAUGGUCUCUUCCAAAUCAGUGAUGUGUAUUGGUGCUCACCUCCUGGUCAGGGCAAAGGUUGUGGUCUGAAUUGUGCGAGUCUACGGGACGAUGACAUAGCCGAUGAUGUCCUAUGUGUGAGGAAGAUCUAUGCGGAGCAUCAAAGGAUCAGUGGAGAUGGAUUCACUGCUUGGCAGGCCUAUGGCGCCUACUGUCGCCAGGAUGCGGCAUCAUAUGUGGCAGGAUGUUCAGGUGAACAGCUUCCAAGCGCCAGUGAAUCAUUACCAUCAGGUGGCAUCAACUAA